GAGGCGGCCGCGCGCGCCCCUGCGCCUGGCGGAGCGGCUCGGCGCGCAGCGCGGCAGGGUGGCGGCCUGCGCCUCGCAAGGUUCCGACUUUGGCAACGACAUCAAGGUGGGGCUGAGCGGCUUUCUCGACGACGCCACGAAGCCCUUCAGGGACGUGCAGGAGGCUGCGCGGCAGGCGUCCAGCAACAUCCAGAAAGCGGCCAAG